GGUACAAUGUCUCGCUCGUCUGCCUGUGCGCAAACACACGUGUGAAGAUGGAGGAGGAUAGACUACUUUUUCAUGAGAUGGGCUUAGAUGAUCGGCUAUUAAAGGCUCUGGCUGAUCUAGGCUGGUCUCAGCCCACGCUCAUCCAGGAGAAAGCCAUCCCGCUGGCGCUGGAGGGGAAAGACCUGCUGGCCCGAGCUCGAACCGGAUCGGGGAAAACCGCAGCCUAUGCGGUCCCACUGAUCCAAAGAAUCCUGACGUCCAAACAGACUGUACGUGAGCAGGCCAUUAGAGCUCUAGUCCUGGUCCCGACUAAAGAACUGGGCCAGCAGGUCCAAACCAUGAUCCGCCAGCUCACUGCGUACUGCGGCCGAGACGUGCGAGUGGCGGACAUCUCUGGGAAGGCGGAUCUAUCGGCACAGAAGCCUAUUUUAAUGGAGAAGCCAGAUAUUGUGGUGAGCACGCCGUCCCGUGUUCAGGCUCACAUCAACGCCCAGAACCUGCAGCUGCACUCUUCAUUAGAGAUGCUGGUCAUCGACGAGGCUGAUCUACUCUUCUCGUUUGGGUUUGAAGCAGACCUUAAAAGCCUGUUGUGUCACUUCCCCAAGAUCUACCAGGCGUUCCUCAUGUCGGCGACGCUGAAUGACGACGUUCAGGCCCUGAAAGAGCUCGUCCUCCACAACCCAGUGACGCUGAAGCUCCAGGGUUCCCAGCUGCCCGACAGCUCUCAGCUCCAGCAAUACAGUGUCCAGUGUGAGGAGGAGGACAAGUUCCUGCUCAUCUACACGCUCCUGAAGCUCGGCCUGGUUCGAGGGAAGUCCCUUAUAUUCGUCGGCGAUGUGGACCGCUGUUACCGGCUCAAACUGUUUUUGGAGCAGUUCAGCAUCCCUGCUUGUGUCCUGAACUCUGAACUGCCGGUUCACUCCAGGUGUCACAUUAUCGCUCAGUUUAAUCAAGGCUUCUACAAUUACAUCAUCGCCACGGAUGAACAAGGACUAGAGAAUCCCGUGGCAAGUUCCCAGAAAACACAGGACAAAGGAAAGAAGAAAAAGAACUCUGGGAAAAGUGGAAAAGGCAAAGACAAGGAAUAUGGCGUUUCCAGAGGGAUCGACUUUCACAACGUGUCUAAUGUGAUCAACUUUGAUUUUCCCACUUCAGUCGAGUCCUACAUUCACCGCGUCGGCAGAACGGCUCGUGCGGAUAAUCAGGGCACUGCGCUGUCCUUCAUUUCUCACACAGAAAUCCCGAUGCUCACAGAGGUGGAAAGCGCUCUCACUGGAGACACAGAAUGUGUUUUGAAGCCGUACGGGUUCAAAAUGGAGGAAAUCGAGGGUUUCAGAUACAGAUGUCGGGAUGCAAUGAGAUCAGUCACAAAGCAGGCGGUGAAGGAGGCCAGACUGAAGGAGAUCAAACAAGAGCUGCUCAAUUCAGAGAAACUCAAGACGUAUUUUGAAGACAAUCCCAGAGACUUACAGCUGCUGCGACACGACAAAGACCUUCAUCCCGCCGUCAUCAAACCUCACAUGAAGAACGUGCCCGAAUACCUGAUCCCGGCUACGCUGAAAAGUCUCGUCAAUCCUCUGAAACAACGGAGGAAAAGGAAGUUUAAAACGGGUGGCAUGAUGCUGAGCAGCUUUAAGAAUUUCAAAGGCAAAAAUCCACUGAAGAGUUUUCGCUACACAAGGAAGAAGCGCGGUGAAAAGAAGGCUGGGAAAACCUAACAGCUUCAGAGACAUUGGGAUGUUGAGGAAUCGUCUGGACACUUUGUAAACAUGCAGUGAACUGUUCAUCCUGGCUUCCUGCAUGUUUGAAAUAUUCCUUAUGGAUUUUGAACAUGUAAUAUUGUUUCAUUAAUACUAACACUCUACUUCAUAAAGUGUCUCAUGUUCUGAUUUUGAUUGGAAAGCUUCAGAGCUUCAUUUUCAAAUUGCACAAGUAAUUAACAAAAAAAUCAACUAUUGUCAAAAGAAUUUAUCAAGAUUUUUUUUUUUUUUUUUUCUCCAUUUUUUUCAAUUAAAUUCACAUUUAGUUCUUAUGAGAAAUUGUCAUGAAAAUAAUAUCACGAGGUCCUUAAAAUUCUUUGAUAUUGAGAGGAAAUAUGACUUGUUUUAUGUUUAUUGCCAAAUAUAAACCUUUGACAAAAUGCUUUUAUAUCCAUAUUAAAUGGACAAACCGAUUCUGAAGUUGUAAUUUAAUGUCCACAUCAAAUACUCAUUUGAUCACAAGAACAACAGACUAGUUAUGGUCCAGGUUACUGGUUAAAAACUUUUAUUAAUGCCAAAUAUUUAUUAAUCAGCAUGUUAACUUUUACUACAAUUAAUGAGUAUGUGAAGGGGAACAAUUAAUUUAAACAUCACUAAAUGCUCAGGUUCUUCUAAAAUGAGCCAGCACUGAUUUGGCAAUUACCAGAAGGCACCUCAAAAGGUCUUAGUUAGUUAGUGGUACAUGUGAAGGGUAACUUGCACAUUACUGAGGGCAGAUACACAAGCACACACUCAUUUAGAGAUGUCGAUAUAACACUGUUUCCUGUGCUGAAACACCUCAACCAUUCAAAAGAAGCAAACGCAGAACAAAUGUUUACAUCGACACGACACUCCAUGGAGUAAGAAAUGUCAAUCCAGCUCUACUGACCCACAACAUUAGUGUUUGAACAUGUCAUAGUGACCAGUUUAAGGAUUUGUAGAUUCUCCUGUUCAUACAAAACGUUCCUAUAGUGCCAGCUGGUACAGCAUAUAUAUAUCUACUGAAAAACAUGAGUGAAUUGGGUUAUAUUUCACCACAAAUAAGACUAGAAAAUCUUAUU